AUGAAACGAGACUCUGGAUAUUCCACCAUGGCUGAGCAGCAGAAGCAGGAAGAGAAGCUCUGGCAUGCCGUGAAGAUCACUGCCUGUGUCCUAGGUACAGGCCUGCUCAUAUUCACUGCCUUCGUGAACCCUGUUUCUUGGUACGUGCAGGAUCUCUGGGCCUCUUCAGGCCAUUUCUGGCAAACAACAUGGCUAAAGAUCUACUACCUGUUUGAGGGAAAGGAGUGGACAAUCUUCCUUCUCGGGGCUGCAUUCAUUCCUUGCCUUGCUUUCUGGAGCUUCAAUGGAAUCCUGAUGGUGGCUGAUGUAACAGGAAAGCCAACUUUCAUUACUCGCUAUCGCAUUCAGCUGGGCAAGAAUGAUCCUGUGGACACACAGAAAUUGCGCCAGGCCAUCUACACAGUGCUGUGUAAUCAGUUCUGUAUCUCCUUGCCCAUGCUUGUGCCCAUGUUCUACGUCAUGAGAUGGUGGGGCAACAGCUUCAGCAAGGAAUUACCCACCUUGCGCUGGUUUCUUGUGGAGCUAAGCGUCUUCACCGUAAUAGAGGAAAUUCUCUUCUAUUAUACACACAGGCUCGUUCACCUCCCACUCCUGUACAAGCACAUCCACAAGAAGCACCACGAGUGGACAGCCCCCAUUGGCGUGGUCUCCAUUUACGCUCACCCGGUGGAGCACAUACUCUCGAACACGCUGCCUGUCAUGACUGGCCCGAUGAUCAUGGGGUCUCACAUCGUUUCAAUCGCAGCGUGGUUCUCCCUUGCUCUCGUAACAACCACCAUCUCGCACUGUGGCUACCACCUGCCCUUCCUGCCGUCGCCGGAGUUCCACGACUUCCACCACCUCAAGUUCAACCAGUGCUACGGAGUGCUGGGAGCGCUGGAUUACCUGCACGGGACGGAUGCAGCCUUCAGACAAACCAAAGCCUUCGAGAGACACAGGGUGCUGCUCAGCCUGACGCCGCUCUCGGAAAGCAUCCCCGAGGCACCCAGGAGGGCAGAGUGA